AUAAUGUGGAGCAAUGGCACAGGAGGGUAAAGAUUUUUGAGGGUAGCCCAACCAAACAGAUUUUGACUUACACAGAAGCAGUGAGGACGGUUGAUCCCAUGAAAGCAGUUGGGAAGCCUCAUACCUUGUGGGUUGCCUUUGCUAAAUUUGACAUAAGUGCUCUUAAUUACAUAUUCCCUCUUUUGGCUGCUGAUGGGAAUGAACCUGUGCAGAUGAAAGUGCACAAAUCACUUAGAUUGUGGACUUUCUAUGCAGACUUGGAGGAAAGCCUGGGUACCUUGGAGUCAACUAGAGCAGUCUAUGAGAGAAUACUGGACUUAAGAAUUGCCACACCGCAAAUCAUCAUAAACUGUUGGAGCUGUGGUGUUCAUGCUGCAAAAGUAGCAGCAAAUGAAAAUGAAAGGCUGCACAAAAUGGCAGCAAAAUGAAGAAGGGAGAGUUGCACCAAUAGGACAGUAGCAGCAAAGUGCAGCAAUUUAGCUACAAUAUGGUGAAAAUGAAGUUGUCAAAUGACAGCAAAAAUGUGCAGCAAGCUAAGCUGCAAAUGUUGAUGAAAUGAAGUUGCAAAUGAGCAGCAAAUGAAAUGCAAAUGCAAGUGAAGGGACCAAGCAUGCUGCAGAGCUGCCAAAGGACACAAGCAUGCUGCAAAAGUGACUGUUAUUUUCAAAUUUAAAGUGUACUUUUAUUGUUUUUAAAUGUAGAAUAGUUGCUUAGAUUUGAAU